AUGCUCAACACUCAGUCGCCUGUGUUGUCACAGAACAAUGAAUCCUCGAAUGGAUGUUCGUCAAGUCGAGUCUGGGCUGGCGAGGUUGACAAUCCCUCGGCAUUCCCGACGGAACAUGAGGAUGUCUCUGUGCCCGAAAAGCCAUCCCGGUCGGGGCGUACGCGGGUCCUGCUUGGCAUUCGGGAGUUGGCGAUGGACCAAUGGUUUCUGAUUGUCAUGGGCAUCCUGAUUGCGUUUGCCUCGCAGAUACAGGUGCCGCAAGCCCACCAGGAACUGAAACAAACUGUGAUCAAUUACCUGGCCGUUGCCGUCAUCUUCUUCAUUAAUGGCUGCACCCUGCCCACCAAGGUCCUGGUGGAGAACCUCAGCCGGUGGAAGAUGCAUAUCUUCGUCCAGGUGCAAUGCUACCUUUUGACCUCAUCGACCAGCUACGGGGUCAUUAGUGCGGCAGCAACCAAUCGCCAAUUUAUGGACCCUGCUCUGCUGGUGGGGAUUGUCAUCACGGGCUGUCUUCCUACCGCCAUUGCAUUCAAUACGAUUAUGACCAACAAGGCCAAUGGAAAUGCAGCCUUGACCGUGGCGCAGUCCACUAUCGGAAACAUCCUUGGUCCAUUUGUGACCACCGCCUUGAUCAAGCUAUACAUCAGCACGAAUGUGUGGUACACGGACAUUCUGCCGGAGACGUCUUCGGGAUUUGGUGAGACUUAUCGAUAUGUCUUCAAACAACUUGGACUCUCGGUCUUUGUUCCACUGGCAGUAGGCCAGAUCGUAGUGAAACUGUUCCCUAACCAGGUGAAAAAAGUCCUUCUGGAAUGGAAAAUGAGCAAGCUGGGCUCCUGUGCCUUGCUGGUACUUAUCUGGAGCACAUACGACGGCGCAUUUGCUUCGAAUGCGUUCGCUGAGAUCCCGUCGAACAACAUGGUUUUUACCGUGCUAAUCCUCGUCGCCCUAUUUUGCGUCUGGAUUACUAUCGCCUUUGCAGUAUCUCGAGUGUGGCUUUCUCGCGAGGAUACAAUCGCAGUAUCGUACUUGGUUUCUACAAAAACCCCUGCCAUGGGUGUGCCACUCACUACCAUCAUGUUUGUGGGUCUGUCUGCAGCUGAGCAAUCACGGACUCGACUGCCAAUGGUCAUAUUCCAGGCUAUUCAGAUAUCUGGCAGUAGUCUGUUGACGAUACCGCUAAGGAAAUGGCAAGCGCAGAGAAAGGUAGAGCAGGGAGGGGACGGCCUGGCAUGA